ACCCUGCUAUUAACCUCCAGAGUACUACCUUUUGUACAAUCGAUACAACAACAAAAAGAUUAGGAAUACAAAAUGUCUCAUAUGAUGCAACCUAGCAUAAUCCUCUUGAAGGAUGGUACAGAUACCUCACAAGGUGUUGGACAACUCUUAUCAAACAUUGACGCUUGUUAUGCUAUUGUUGAUGUUAUUAAGACCACUCUUGGUCCUAGAGGAAUGGAUAAACUUAUACACGAUGGUCGUCGUGCUACAAUCUCAAACGACGGUGCCACUAUUCUUAAAUUGUUGGAUGUUGUCCAUCCAGCAGCUAAACUUUUAGUAGAUAUUGCUAAAUCACAAGAUAGUGAAGUUGGUGAUGGUACAACAACAACAACAAUUUUGGCAGGUGAAUUCUUGAAGGAAGCCAAACAAUUUAUACAAGAAGGUGUCCAUCCACAACUCAUCAUUAAAGCCUAUAGAGAAGCUCUUAGAAUUGCAUUGAAGAGAUUGGAAGAAAUUGCUGUACAAAUUGAUAAAACCGACAAUAACAAGACUAGAGACCUUCUUAGAAAGAUUGCCAGAACAUCACUUUCAUCUAAAUUGAUUGGUGGUAUUGAAUCCGAUCACUUCUCUGAAAUGGUUGUUGAUUCUGUUCUUUCAUUGGAUGAUGAUUUGGAUAUUGAUUUAAUUGGUGUUAAACAAGUUCCAGGUGGUUCUAUGCAAGAAUCUUUCCUCGUUAAGGGUGUUGCUUUCAAGAAGAGUUUCUCAUAUGCUGGUUUUGAACAACAACCUAAGAAGUUUAUUUCUCCUAAAAUUAUUACUCUCAAUAUUGAACUUGAAUUGAAGGCUGAAAAGGAUAACGCUGAAAUCAAGUUGAAUAACCCAGAACAAUAUCAAUCUAUUGUUGAUGCUGAAUGGAAGAUUAUUUAUGAUAAAUUGGAAAAGAUUGUUGCUAGUGGUGCUAAGAUUGUCCUUUCCAAGAAGGCCAUUGGUGAUCUUGCUACUCAAUACUUUGCUGAUAGAGGACUUUUCUGUGCUGGUCGUGUUGCUGAAGAUGAUUUGCUCCGUGUCACAAAGGCUACUGGUUCUAAGAUUUUGACUACUGUCUCAAAGGUUAAUGAUUCUGAUUUGGGUGUUUGUGGACUCUUUGAAGAAAGACAAGUUGGUAAUGAAAGAUUUAACAUUUUCACUGAAUGUGCUCACUCCAAGACUGCUACUGUUGUUUUGCGUGGUGGUGCUGAACAAUUCAUUGCUGAAGCUGAAAGAUCAUUGCACGAUGCUAUCAUGGUCGUCAGAAGAACUUUGAAGAAUACAUCAAUUGUUGCUGGUGGUGGUGCUGUUGAAAUGGAUAUCAGUGCUCACUUGAAGAGCCAUGCUAGAAGUAUUAAGGGUAAAUCUCAAUUAAUCAUUUUGGCCUUCGCUAAAGCUCUUGAAAUUAUUCCAAGACAAUUAUCUGAAAAUGCUGGUUUUGAUGCUACAAAUAUUUUGAAUAAGCUGAGAAAGAAGCAUCAAGACAAGGAUGGUGUUUGGUAUGGUGUUGACAUGAAGACUGAAGAUGUUGCUGAUAAUUUUAACAACUUUGUUUGGGAACCAUCUCUCAUUAAGAGAAAUGCUCUCGUUUCCUCGAUCGAAGCUGCUACUCUCGUUCUGUCAGUUGAUGAAACUGUCAAGAAUCCAGAAAGUGAACAAAAUCAACACGAUCAACAAAGACAACAACAAAUGAUGGGUGGUAUGGGAAAUAUGAGAUAAACAAAUAAUUAAUUUAUAUUCAAAA